CUGUGAUGAACGCUGUGUUUGGAGAUGAAGGUUUUCCAGGUGGACGUUGAUCGAAUUCGAUAAAAUUGUGUGCGUUUUCUCGCUUGGUUGUAUUUGUUGUUGCCUCAGGCUAACAGUCUCGCUUUUGAGCUAUUCCUAAUUUAGAUCCUGCCGAAGUCCUCUUGUUUGAAACACCACGUGAAGUACCGAGGCUCCUGAUUUGAAUUCUAAAUUGAGACUGAAAUAAAGUUUCUGCGGUUUUAAAUCGAGUCGUCAUAAUAAUAUUAAUCAUAUUUUCAAUUCGAAUCCUUCUCUCGCAUUCGUUCUUGUUGUGAUUCCUACAUCUUUCAACCCCCGGCGACACAGCAGCAAAGCAUGUCAACUGCAUCUCGCCAAUAUGAUAUUGUGGUGUUUGGGGCAACAGGUUACACAGGGAAACUUACAGCAGAACAAAUAGCUCUCAAGCUGCCCACGGAUCUGAAAUGGGCAAUUGCUGGCCGCUCUGCGAGUAAACUCGAAGCAUUGGCAAAAGAGUGCAAAACUCUGAAUUCUGACAGGAUACAGCCAGAAAUCGAAAUCUGUAAUCUCAAUGAUACAGAGCUAAGUGCUUUAGCCAAGAAGACUACAGUUCUCAUUGCAGCAGUUGGACCUUACGCUCUUUAUGGCGAGUAUGCCUUCAAAGCCUGUGCUGAGAAUGGCACUCAUUACCUUGAUGUUACUGGAGAAGUCCCAUACGUCGCAGAGAUGAUCAAGAAGUAUGAGAAAGCUGCAAAAGCCAGCGGCGCCAUCAUGAUACCUCAAAUUGGACUUGACUCAGCUCCAGCCGAUUUAGUCACGUGGACGCUGGUGGACAUGAUUCGAAAGAGGUUGUCAGUCCCUACUGCAGAAGUAAUCGUGUCUCUUCACGAUAUUAAGUCAAAAGCUUCUGGCGGAACCUUGAGUACGGUUUUCAACAUCAUGGAUAGCUUCACCAUGAAGCAAAUUGGAGCAGCUCAUGCGCCGUAUGGAAUUUCUCCCAUUCCAGGACCCAAGGUCAAAGACAACAGGUCUCUCAUUACUAAAUUCUUUGGCAUACGAGCUGUUCGUGAUCUUGGAAUUCUCACAACCUCCCUCGGCGCCGUCGCUGAUGUACCGAUUGUCCAACGCAGCUGGGGACUUCUUGGCGGCAAUAAAUUCUACGGGCCCAACUUCCAUGUCUACGAGUACAUGAAAGCCCGCAAUCAUCUAUCAGCAGUCAUGAUCCACUUCGCUUUGGCAUUCGGCUCUAUCAUGCUCGCAAUCCCCUUCAUUCGGAGCAUUGCGCGGAAGCUGGUGUAUCAGCCAGGUGAUGGUCCAACAAAAGAAGAAUCAGAGAAGUAUCGACUUGAGUAUCGUGGGAUUGGGACGCCAGAUACCACGACACCAAAUCCGCCGAGGGCGUUUUGCAAAGCCGCGUAUGAGGGAUCUGCGUAUGAGUUUACCGCCGUGUCCUUGAUACAGGCUGCACUUUCGAUACUCAAAGAUGAACACGAUCUUUCUGGUGGAAUCUAUACUCCUGCAUGCUUGGGUCAAAAAUUCAUUGACCGUUUAGAUAGUGCUGGAUUUAAGUUUGAGAAGAAGUUCUUCGAAGAUUGAUGGGUUCAGGAAGUCUCACCUGACCCAGCCAUCCUUGAGUUUCUAUCUUCAAAUGGGCUCUUUAUUGGAUUGAAAAGUAUUCAGAUCAGUUCAAUCAUUAUGUACACUGUUCUCUAGGACGAUAGACGUCCUUGCUCAAUAAUCAGAGUGUUCAAUCAAAUGUCGGU